AAUUCACUCUUUAUAAUUAUCAAAACGCUGAACGUUGAAUUUGAAAGUCAACCUAACAUUUUUGCUUCCACAUUUGCACGAAACUCUCCUUAUCCUACAUGCCACCGCCAUAAACCGACCACCUUCCUCCGCCGUGAGCCCAAACAAUAUGUCAAUACUACCCCUACCCUCUCUUCUCCUUCUCCUCUUCCUCCUACCCUUUCACGUAAAUUCACAAUCCACCACCCAAAAUGACCAAAACAUCCUUCUCAAUAUCAAAAGCUUCUGGUCAAAUCCACCCUCCAUCAACCACUGGGACCAAUCCUCCAACCCUUGCAGCUGGCCGGAGAUUACAUGUUCUGGCACCACCAUCACCGGAAUCACCCUCUUCAAUCAGAACAUCAACGGAACUGUCCCACCGUUUAUUUGUGACAUCAAAAGCUUAACACACCUUGAUCUAAAUUACAAUGACAUCACCGGAAAUUUUCCGACAGCCCUCUACAACUGCACCAAUCUCCAGUACCUUGACCUCUCUCAAAACUACUUUCAAGGAAAUCUACCCGGUGACAUCUCACGGUUGUCGCCGGAGCUCCGAUACCUCAGCCUUUUCGGCAAUAACUUCUACGGCGACAUUCCGGCAAGUAUUUCUAGAUUAUCAAAGCUUUCAUCGCUUCAAUUACACCAGUGUCCUUUCAAUGGCACUUUUCCUCAGCAAAUCGGUUAUUUAGAAGAUCUGGAAGAAUUAAAUUUGUCUUUUAACAAUUUUACCCCAUCAAGACUACCCCGGAGUUUUAUUCAGUUGAAAAAACUUCGAUUCUUUUACAUGACUGAAACCAACUUGAUCGGAGAGAUACCCGGAAAUUUUUCCGGCAUGCCGGCUCUGGAACUGCUGGAUUUAUCUUCCAAUAACCUGAAUGGAUCAAUACCUAGUGAUUUGUUCUUGUUAAAGAACUUAACCGAAGUUUAUCUUUACUGGAACUAUCUAACAGGUGCAAUCCCGGAUUCGAUUCAAGCAUUGAACAUGCAGGUCAUCGAUCUUUCUGCAAACAAGCUCACCGGAAAAGUCCCCGGAGAUUUCGGGAAUCUAAUGCGGUUAACAAACUUGAGUCUCGAGUUAAAUCAGUUAUCCGGCGAGCUUCCGGCGAGCAUCGGCCGCUUGCCUAGCUUGAACGACAUUCGAAUUUUCACUAACAAUUUCUCCGGUGAACUACCACCGGACUUCGGAAGGUACUCUGAGCUGAAGUUAUUCGAGGUUGACGAAAACCAGUUCACCGGAAGCAUACCGGAGAAUCUGUGUUACAAUGGGAAGCUCAAAGGCUUGGUUGUUUACAGUAACAAUCUUUCAGGCGAGAUACCAAAAUCACUUGAAACUUGUAGCAGUUUGAGGGUUAUUCAAGUUUAUGAUAACCAACUUUCAGGAAAAAUCCCAGAUGGGUUAUGGAACCUUUCAAGCUUGGAGAAGAUGAUGGUGAGUGGUAAUUCAUUUUCUGGCGAGUUGCCCUCGGAAUUGGCGCCAAAAUUAUCAAUACUCGAAAUCAGUAACAACAGGUUUUCUGGUGAGAUACCUACCGGGGUAUCUUCUUGGACAAAUAUGCGGGUUUUCAAAGGAAGUAAUAAUCUAUUCAAUGGUGGAAUUCCUCAAGAUUUAACCGUACUUCCAAAUUUAGCAACUUUAUUGCUCGACGGAAACCAACUCUCCGGCCAACUUCCGGCAAUUAUUGUUUCCUGGAAUUCACUCAACGCUUUGAAUCUCAGUAGAAACCAACUCUCCGGUCAGAUUCCGGCGGGUCUUGGGCUAUUAAAAGUUCUUACAGUACUCGACUUAUCAAAAAACAAUCUCUCUGGUCAAAUACCGGCUCAGCUCGGGCGGCAGCUCGUUUCUCUUGAUCUUUCCGGCAAUAACCUCGCCGGAAACAUCCCGGGUCAGCUCGAUAAUGGUGCCUUCGAGAAAAGCUUCCAAGGAAACCCCGGUCUUUGUUCAAACAAUCCAUUAUUAGGGCUUAAUUCUUGCAGUUCCCGAUCCCAACCCGGACCAUCUAGCAAGAUUUCCAGUAAGACGGUGGCGAUAAUCGGAAGUAUUGCAGCAAUAUUGUUUCUGCUGGCGGUGAUAAUGACCGGAUAUGUCAUCGUUCUUUAUCGGAGAAGAAAACACGGUUUCAAUUCAAAUUGGAAAUUCACUUCUUUUCAAAAAUUAACAUUCACGGAAUCCACUAUUUUGCCUCGUUUGAACGACAACUACAUGAUCGGUCAAGGUGGUUCCGGGAAGGUGUACAAGGUUCCGGUGAACCGUUCCGGCGAUGUGGUGGCAGUAAAGAAGAUCUCAACCAAAAAGGAUUUAGAUUUAAGGCUCGAGAAAGAGUUUUUAGCAGAAGUUGAGAUUUUAAGCAUGAUUCGACACUCAAACAUCGUGAAAUUGAUGGGUCACAUUUCGGGUGACAACUCAAAGCUUCUUGUCUACGAGUACUUAGAGAACCGGAGUUUGGACCGUUGGCUGCACCGAAAGCAGACUCCACCAAGCCGUGGGUUGGCCGGUUCGGUGCGUCAUAUGGUACUUGAUUGGCCUAAAAGGUUGCAUAUAGCACUCGGGGCGGCUCGAGGGUUGUCCUAUAUGCACCAUGAUUGUUGCCCCGCAGUUGUUCAUCGUGAUGUGAAAUCAAGCAACGUGCUUUUAGAUAGUGAAUUCAAUGCAAAGAUUGCAGAUUUUGGGUUAGCCAAGAUCUUAGAGAAAGGCAGUGAGCUCGCUGCAAUGUCAACCGUGGCCGGCUCAUUCGGCUAUAUGGCUCCAGAAUAUGCUCAUACAACAAAAGUAAACGAGAAGAUAGAUGUUUACAGCUUCGGAGUGAUCUUGUUCGAAUUGACAACGGGAAGGGAAGCAAGCAACGGGAACGAGCAUUCAUCGCUAGCGGAAUGGGCUAUGCAACAUGCUUUAGGAAGUGAACCAAUAGAAGAUGUUUUAGACAAAGAUAUUAUGGAGCCCAUGUACAUGAAUGACAUGAGUAGUGUGUUCAAACUCGGGCUAUGGUGCACUAGUAGAUUGCCAACAAAUAGACCCUCCAUGAAGGAAGUAAGCAAGAUGCUACUCCAGUACACUCCGGCUAUGGUGGUUGGGACCCCGAAGAACAAUCAUGAUGUAGUCGAUCAUCUUCCCUUACUCAAGCUUGAAACUGUCUAAAAAUGGUGAUUUUAGACCGUAUAUAAAUAGAUGUGUGUUUUCUAUUGAAAACAUCGAGUUUUGAAAUCACAUACAUGUUGCUGUUAAAAAACGUUUCGAGUUCAUACAAUUCUUAACUGUUAUGAAAUUAGUUUCUAGUUGUUUACGAUCGUUCAGGCUUGAAUACUAUAUAUGAUACUAAAAAUGUAUGUAUACUAUUCAUUAUGACAUUCAACCAUAAAAGUUAUUGAAUUAGGAAUGAGACAUGUUAAUGAGUUAAAAAUUAUAA